AUUAUCCUAUUUGGAAGAUAUUCAUGGUGAAAAGUCCAUCUAUUGUGGGGUCCAUCAGAUCAAUGGUUUGGAUCACCAUGUUCCCCACUUUCACUUUAUGAAACCCGGUGGAUUUAGUGCAUGUCGUCUGAUGGGGUUCAAGCUCUUCCAAGCCAACCCCUAUCCUUCUAUAAAAUCACCACCUUCCAUCUCUCCUCUUUCAAUCUUUUUCAUCAUCUACCUUCCUUUUUUUUUCUUUUUUUUUCCAUGGCUUCUUUCUCCUCCCAUUCCAUCUUCUACCCUCCCAAAUGCUCUUCUACCAAUGAAAAUGACAAAACAAGCCAAAAACAGAAGAGCUCAAUCAAAAUCAAUGGGAGCUCUACCAUUUCCAUGGCCCAAUCCAUCGGCCCGGCCACAGCGUUCGUUUCCACCCCAUCUGUGGCUGAAACUGGUUCCAUCACCCACGUAGGAGAUGUGGACCGUCAAAAUAUCCCCACCAAGAAACAAUCCGCCGAUCCGUUCCGUCAAGGCCUGAUCACCGAUGGUGGGGUCGGCUAUACACAGACGGUCGUCGUUCGAUCUUAUGAAGUCGGCGCCGAUAAAACAGCUACGUUGGAGACCAUUCUCAAUCUUCUUCAGGAAACUGCCCUGAACCAUGUAUGGAUGUCGGGUCUGCUCGGGGAUGGAUUUGGUGCGACCCAUGGCAUGAUGAAGAACAAUCUCAUAUGGGUUGUUACAAGGAUGCAAGUCCAAGUUCAUAGCUAUCCUAUUUGGGGCGAGGUGGUGGACAUCAACACAUGGGUCGGAGCGUCCGGGAAGAAUGGGAUGCGGAGGGACUGGAUGAUCAGAAGCCAUCACACGGGCCAUGUGUUCGCACGGGCGACCAGCACUUGGGUGAUGAUGAACAAGAAAACACGGCGCCUGUCAAAGAUGCCUGAAGAAGUAAGGGCUGAGAUCUUCCCGUGGUUCAUCGAUCGGCACGCGAUCCAAGACGAUGGACAGGAGAAGAUCAUCAAGUUGGAUGACAAGGCCAAGUACGUGAACUCGGAUUUGAAGCCAAAGAGAAGUGAUUUGGACAUGAACCAUCAUGUCAACAACGUUAAAUACGUCAGAUGGAUGCUAGAGACAAUCCCAGAGCUAUUUUUGGAGGCCCACCAGCUAUCUAGCAUCAUACUAGAAUAUAGAAGGGAGUGUGGCAGUUCAGAUAUAGUGCAAUCCCUCUGCCAACCUGAUGAAAAUUCAAUGCAAGAAGAAGGCAACAACAUCAACAUACUUGGAGGAUUUUGCUUGGGAUCAGAGAUUUUCAACGGCCAAGGGCUGUUGGGUUCCUUUGAUAAGUGGCCAUUAAGGUAUACGCACCUAGUCCAAAUCAAAGGUGGCCCCACAGAUAAAGAGAUUGUUAGAGGGAGAACUAAAUGGAAAAAGAAGCUCUCCAUCAUUCCAUUUUCUACUUGUUGAAAUUCUAUCUCAUUGCUAUACUUUUGUGAAUUGAAUUUUGCCUUUUGGAGUAUUGCAAUCUUGCAUUUCUCCCAUGAUUUCGGCUGAAUGGGAGUUUCAUG